GUCUAAUACUACCCUUCUUUAACGUUUCUGUAACGUUUCCUAAGAUUUCGGUUGUUCAGCUCCCGUCAUCAACCUAAAUAAACGCCAGACUUCGAAAGCAUGUAGGCAUGGGAACUCAGGAGGGCUUUGAACGCAGGCAGAAAAACAUGAAGCACGAGCAUAUCAGUUUAAUUACUCCUGGAGAACAACGAACCAGUUCUCAUCUAAGUUUUAUUUAAUUUUUUGAAUUGUUUUUUCUAAUAUUUUGACUUAUUUAGGUCUGUGUUGAAUCUUUUCAAACCUAGCUAUUAUCUGUAAUGCCCUCUUGUUCAUCAAUAUCACAAUCAAAAUCAGUAAAUACAGUAAUUUUGAGCUCAAUUAUGCUAAACCUUCCAAAAGUUGCUACUUUGAAGAGAAAGCUCCAUGUUUUAAAUCUCCGUGAGGAUCCUGGGCUUCAUUUCUACAAGUGUGAAUCUACAAAGAAUGGAUGCGGGUAUUUUGAAUGGCACAAUGAGGCUUUACUUGUCCGGGCUAAAGAUAUGAUAAAUGAGAUGAAGUUGGAAAGAAAAAUACUAGAAGCCGAGAAUAAGAGAUUCAAAAAAAUCAAAUGUCACAGAUACAAUCAUGGAGCAAGAAGUGGAAGAACUGUGGGUGAAUUAAACAGGUUGAAGAACCGAGCAAAAUCAGCAAAUGAAGAGAGGCCUUCACAGUUGGAGAGAGUAAAAUUGGAAGGCAAAAAGAAAACAGCACUAAUCAUUGCUAUUAUUAGUUGGAUAGUCUUGGCAAUGGUCCUUGUUGUUAACUGUGGAUUUAUUAUGUUGUAGAUGUAUUGUCCAUUGAAUGAAAGUAGAAGCCUAGAAGUAGAGAAAAGCAUUCACUAGUUGUAAUGGGAUGUUAUAAUUAGGUGUGUGUUGUUGAAGAAACAUUUUGUGUUCUGUUAUCAAAUAGCUGAGUGCAGAUUUUUG